AUGGCCGAUCUACUGUUACCAGAGACCAUGCAUGCCGGUGAUCGUGAUGCGUCGAGGAGGCUCGAUGGCCCCAUCCACUCCGAAAAGCACAUCCGAGUCAUCUGCGUAGGCGCCGGAGCCUCGGGUCUUCUUGUGGCCUACAAGAUGCAGAAACACUUUCAAAAUUUCUCGCUUGCCGUAUACGAAAAGAACGAAGCAGUAUCGGGCACCUGGUGGGAGAACAAGUAUCCUGGUUGUGCCUGCGAUGUGCCCUCUCACAACUACACAUGGAGCUUCGAACCCAAGCUUGACUGGUCCGCUGUAUAUCCACCAGCGAAAGAGAUCUUCGCGUACUUCGAAGGCUUCGCGAGGAAGUACGCCCUCUACCAAUACGUCAAGCUCCAGCACCAGGUUGUCGAGUCGUCUUGGAACCACCAGGCCGGCGGGUAUGACGUGAAGAUCAAGGACCUUGCCACAGGUGCCAUCGUCGAGGAUCACUGUGAUGUUCUCAUCAAUGCUGGCGGCAUCCUCAACAACUGGAAGUGGCCUGCUAUCCCUGGUCUCGACAAGUACAAAGGCGUUCUCCUCCAUACCGCCAACUGGGAUGAAUCCGUGAGCCUCGAGGGGAAACACGUCGGCCUUAUCGGCAACGGCUCGUCUGGUAUCCAGGUCCUGCCUGCCAUCCGCGACCAAUGCAAAAAGGUCACGACAUUCAUCCGUGAGCCCACCUGGGUCUCUCCAGUUCAAGGCCUCGAACAGCAUCGCUUCUCGGAAGAAGAGAAGCGUGAGUUUGUGGGUAACCCUGCCGCACUGCUUGAGUACCGCAAGAACAUUGAAUCCGGCCUCAACGGUCAAUUCGGCAUCUUCCUCAAGAACAACCGCAUCAACCGCGACACCCACACCUACAUGACCCAGCAGAUGAAGGAAAAGCUCGGCGACGCCUACCUCGAGGAAAAGCUCAUCCCAGACUGGAGCGUCGGGUGCCGUCGUCUGACACCCGGCGUAGACUAUCUCGAGUCCCUUACCAAGCCCAACGUAUCGGUUGUCUACGGCGAGAUCAAAUCCCUCGGCGAGCGUGGCCCCAUUGGCGAAGACGGGCGUGAGCACCCCGUAGACGUCCUCAUCUGUGCCACCGGCUUCGACACGUCGUUCCGUCCCCGCUUCCCCAUCAUCGCCCCCAGCGGCGAGAACCUCCAGGACAAGUGGUUCGGCACGCCCGAGUCGUACCUCGGCAUCGGCGUCGCCGGCUUUCCCAAUUACUUUAACAUGCUCGGCCCCAACUGCCCCAUCGGCAACGGACCCGUCCUCUCGGCCAUCGAGGCCCAGGCCGACUGGAUGCUCAAGGUCAUUGACCGCCUGCAGAGCACAAACGCCGUGCAGAUUGCGCCCAAGGAGCAGGCCGUGCGCGACUUUGUCGAGUACAAGGAGUGGUUCAUGACCAAGACAGUCUGGUCCGACCCCUGCCGCUCCUGGUACAAGCCCCGCGCCGAUGGGCCCGUCGUCGCCCUGUGGCCCGGCUCGACGCUGCACUACAUCGAGGCCCUCAAGGAGGUCCGCUUCGAUGACCUCGACAUUGUCCACGCCGGCAAUAGGUUUGCCUGGCUCGGUAACGGGUACUCGCAGACCGAGCUGGACAACUCUGCCGACUGGGCCUUCUACAUCCGAAACCGGGAUGACGACGCCCCGCUCACAACGGGCGGGAGGCGGAAGGUGCUUUCGAAGAGCGGCACGGUCAAGUCGCGCGAUAUUGUUGUUUUUAGUGGCAAGAGGGACGAGGCGGAGGUGCAGAAGGAGACAGCGCGAUUACUUCUGCUCGCUUCUUCUUACAAGGCAAAGACUUUGGUACUGAGAGGCACGAAGGACUCUGAUCAGAAGCGGCAUCAGACGCACACAAGGGAUAUUGCAUCUUGUUUCAAACACACCAUGGCAGGCUCGGACAAUCACGAUAACGAACGCGACCCCCAGAAUGACGGCUACCGCGGAAUUCGCAGCUGCAGCACUCAUGCAGAGGCUCUUGCAGCCAUGGAAGAAGACCUUGACAGUCGCAGAACGGGAGAGAACGCCGAGCUCAAGAGCGAGGUCGCGCUGCUGCUCAGGGACUUCUACGACAAGAUCGACAAGUACGCCAAACCGCCGGCUGCUCACCGCGACAUUGUCUACGUCCGGUCCAUCAAAAAGGCUCUGGAGGCUGCGAUCCAGUACAGGGAGGCGGGGGAGGCCUUCUCGCACCGGCUGCCGAGCUCGGCGCAGAUGCUCGCUCUGCGGUAUACCCACCAGUCUGGGACACUGGAGGAGGACGUGUGCGCCGUGCUCGUCGACUAUCAGGUCAAAUAUGGUGCUCCCGUCCCGUUUCUUGGUUUCGGCUACACCGCGAAGCCUGUUCACGAGCUGCUCCUUGCCACGCCAGUGCAGCCGCCACAUGUCAUCGACGAGCACAAACCCUUGUCUGAACAGCAAGCCGCGCCCUUUGAGGACAUGAAGGACCGGGUGGAACGUCGCGAAGAGCAGCAGUUUGAGCAGAACGACGUGGCCAGCGUGCAGAGCGAGGCACCACACGCCACGAUCCCCGUCGAGGUAAACCCGAGCCUCAACUUCGGCGGCCCGGACGCAGAGUUCGACCAGAUGGACUUCAACGCCUGGAACCUCCAGCGCACGAUGAAGCUGAGACAGGACCUCCAGGGCCUGCGCGAGAUGACGGCCGAGACGACGGCAGCCCAGCGCGCGGAGAUUGACGCGCUCAAGACGGACAGGGAGGAGAAUGCGCAUCUCUUGUCGAUCCUGCUGCGGCAGAUGCAGGAAUACAGGAGGGACCUGCGGGUGCUGAAGGUGCAGGUUGCGGUGCCGACGCCCCCUCGUAAGCGUGUGUCGUCAACAGAUGCUCGAGCAAGAGCUGACUUUGAGUUGCAGAUUCACAACAUUCGAAGAAGCGUUCGGUCCUCAACCACGCCAUCGAACGCGACAGUCCAGCCUGAGAAGACUACACACACAGCAUCUUCAGUGAGGAGCCCAGGACAGAACUUCCCCACAGCCGUGAAUCCCAAGCGCGCCGAACCACCACGGGGCCAGAAGCCCGCCCCGAAAACCCGGCCCCCUCUUGAUCCGAAUAGCAAGGAAUACAAGAAGGAAUACAAUAGCCUCACGAGGAGAUGGACAGCUGGGCUGAUUGCCAUGCCUAUUCUUCUCGUGACAUCUUACUACCUUUUUGACAGAAUCAUCCUUGGACACGAGAAGAAGGAACUGCAUCGUUUCGACUCUUCCAAGAACCCAGACGAGUCACCUAUCAAGUCGUUCUAG